AUGCAAAAAUCGUCUAAUAACCGUUCAUCUUCAUCUCUCAAACAUCUAUCAUCCAUACCACAAUAUCUUCGUAUUGAAUGUAAAGCUGAAGAAAAACAUUUGACGAGUAAUAUAUUAUCGAAUCCGUUCACGUUAAAUUCGUUCAUCGAACCGAUUAAAUUUACACUCUAUGAUCAAGAUCAACUGAAACCGAUCCAUUAUAAAUCGGAAAUAGUUUUACAUAAUAAUCCAGAUACAAAUUUACGAAUUAAAGUUUUACGUGUGGCAUUUCAUAACUGUAGUCGUACGCAAUCAAUGAAUCCAUCAAUGUAUCGUUCUCGUGAACGAAAACCUCUUAUUAGCAACAAUAACGAUUUAUCUUCAAAAAUACGACAAGAUAAUACAAAAUCGACAAAACGACGAUCGAUUACUAGCAAUCAUUCAUCAUCUCGUUCACGAUCAAAAGUUGCACUUCAUCAAUGGAUUGAUGAUAUUUGUAAAAAUAAUGGAUUAAUGUACAAUGAUGAUAUUGUAUUUUUUUUGAAACAUGGUGAAUUUUAUGUUCGAAUAUGA